AUGACAAUUGGAAAAACUGUAAGAAAGGCAAAAAAAGGAUCAUCUUCAAGAGCUUCAAGUUUCUCCCCUCUUCGGAAUCUUUCAAUUAAAAAUAACAAAAAAUGUGAAGGAAAGAGAAAGUCUUCAACCCUCGAAUCUGUGCCAAACAAUAAAAUUAAAAAGCGGGUAUUUGAUGGCAAAAAAGAACAGCAACAUCCAAGCCAUAAAAAUAAUAAUUUUGAAAAAUUAAAUAAUAAAAAUUGUAUUAAAAAUAUUCAGCCAGAACCGUCUGCCCCUCCAAUGUAUUUUACUAUGCAAUUGCAACAACACCAUUUUAAUUAA